AUGGCUCACGAAGGCUCGCUCGACGACUUCAGCCUCUCGACACUUGCACUUCAUUCAGACGACUAUUGUGAUAGCUUCCAAGAUGAAGCACCACCGCUGAGGCUUUCGACUAGCUUCAAGUAUAGCAGAAAUUCCGCAGAGCUCGUACCCAUACCCGAUCGCAGCACCAAUGAUCCUGACGACUAUUACUAUUCCCGGAUCUCGGCGCCUACGACACGUCGCUUUGAGACGGCGCUCUCGGCAAUAUUGAAAGCACAUGCCGUAACUUAUGCUUCCGGGUUGGCUGCGUUCCAUGCCGCGUUGAUAUUGCUCAAUCCACGUCGGGUGUCCAUUGGCAAGGACGCAUACUUCGGAUGUCAAGGCGUUAUCGACAUCGUGUCAAGGCAGUCCAAUAUCGAGAAGAUUGCGCUUGAUUGUCCGGCGGAGGGUCUUCAUCCGGGCGAUCUGAUAAUGCUCGAGACCCCUUUGAGUCCGUCAGGCCUCGCUCUUAAUAUCGCUGCAUACGCACAAAAGGCUCACGCUCGUGGCGCUUUCCUUCUUGUCAGCAGCACUCUUGCGCCGCCAGGCCUGCAAGACCCUUUCGCUCUGGGCGCCGAUCUGGUGAUGCAUUCCGGCUCGAAAUACAUUGGUGGACAUUCAGACACGAUGAGUGGCAUUCUUGCCACGCAAAACCAGCUCUGGGCAAAUCAGCUGCGCAAAGACAGAUCAAUCUUGGGUAACACGUUGAGCGGUUUCGACAGCUGGUUGGGUCUCCGAAGCAUUCGUACCCUUGAUGUACGGCUGCAAAGACAAUCUGAAAGCACACAGAGAAUUGUGGUUUGGCUCAACAGCGGCGUACAAGGUACCGCAGACGCAUCCGCCAUUAUCGUACGGGCGGUAGCCAGCAUCGGUCACACAAGCAUGCAAACACGAGACAUGCAUUGGCUUGAACAACAAAUGCCGAACGGGUACGGGGCACUAUUCUCCCUUACAAUGAAGAGUGUGCAAUUGGCACGUCGUCUCCCAAGCGAGCUUCGCCUGUUCAAGCACAGGACGAGUUUUGGAGGCAUAGAGAGCUCCGUAGAGUGGCGAAGGAUGAGUGACGUGAACGUAGAUGAACGGUUGCUGAGAUUCAGUAUCGGGCUGGAGAAUUGGCAGGAUUUGAAGAAGGAUCUACUAGCUGGGAUGACAUCGCUCGUGGAGUCUGGAGAUCAGAGUUUGGUAGAAGCCAAAUGA